CCGCCGCGGGAGCUGCUCCGGCCGCACCAUGCGCGAGCUGGCCAUCGAGAUCGGGGUCCGAGCCCUGCUCUUCGGCGUCUUUGUGUUUACAGAGUUUUUGGAUCCAUUCCAGAGAGUCAUCCAGCCGGAAGAGAUCUGGCUCUAUAAAAAUCCUCUGGUGCAAUCAGACAACAUACCAACCCGCCUCAUGUUUGCAAUUUCUUUCCUCACACCCCUGGCUGUUAUUUGUGUGGUGAAAAUCAUCCGGCGAACAGACAAGACUGAAAUUAAGGAAGCCUUCUUAGCGGUGUCCUUGGCUCUUGCUUUGAAUGGAGUCUGCACAAACACUAUUAAAUUAAUAGUGGGAAGACCUCGCCCCGAUUUCUUUUACCGCUGCUUUCCAGAUGGAGUGAUGAACUCGGAAAUGCACUGCACAGGUGACCCUGACCUGGUGUCCGAGGGCCGCAAAAGCUUCCCCAGCAUCCAUUCCUCCUUUGCCUUUUCUGGCCUUGGCUUCACAACGUUCUACUUGGCCGGCAAGCUACACUGCUUCACCGAGAGCGGGCGGGGCAAGAGCUGGCGGCUGUGCGCCGCCAUCCUGCCCCUGUACUGCGCCAUGAUGAUCGCCCUGUCCCGCAUGUGUGACUACAAGCAUCACUGGCAAGAUUCUUUCGUUGGUGGCGUCAUUGGCCUCAUUUUCGCUUACAUUUGCUACAGACAGCACUACCCUCCUCUGGCCAACACAGCUUGUCAUAAACCGUACGUCAGCCUCCGGGUCCCAACCUCGCUGAAGAAGGACGAGAGGCCCACGGUGGACAGCGCGCCCAGCAUGCCUCUGGAGGGCAUCACCGAAGGCCCCGUAUGACUAGUAUCUUGGGAGAAUGGACACUUAGCCCCGGGUACACCUGCCGCCCUGACACCAUAACACCAUAGAAAAGGUUUUCUGUAGUGUGUUUCUCAUCAGUUUUUUUCAAAGUUAUCUUUCUGCUUCCAUUUUGCCAACGGUGUUCCUGCUACUUUAAAUGUCUACUUUCAACUUUCUUGAGUUUGCAAAGGAAGGACACCAGGAACUCUCUCUGGGAGACAGCGGAAAGAGGCUGCAAGUGUGGGGUGGGUGUCACUUGGCCAACUCCCCUAAAGCGUUUGCUGUACCAGCCACCUUCCUACGUUUUCAUGGUUGUAAAACAUAAUAAAACCUCCCACCUGAAAGACUUGGUGUUGGCC